GCGCUGGUGUGGCGUGGGGGCAUGCGGGCGCGGCCGGGGGAUGCGAGUGGCAGAGCGCGGGGCGGCGAUCAGCGACCAGCCCCGGACGCCCGGGGAGCGGAUGGCGGAGCCCACGCGCGCCGCGAAGCCGCGCUGCAGACAGGGCGCCGUGCCAGGCGCGGGCGCCGCCGUGAAGCCCAAAAAGAAAGCUUUUUAUUUGCUGAGCAUGAAGCCCCCGAAGGACCCCGCCCCCAACAACAAUAACAACGUGUCGUUUGUGAUCCACUGUCAACUGGGCAAGGAGAUCAAGCACAUUUGCAGCAACUGCAGCCGGGGGGAGGACAGCCGCGACGCUGAGGAAGUGGAGAGGCUGGCAGCCAUGCGUUCUGACUCGCUGGUCCCAGGUACGCACACCCCGCCCAUCCGAAGGAGGAGUAAGUUUGCCAACCUGGGAAGGAUUUUCAAGCCUUGGAAAUGGAGGAAGAAGAAAAGCGAAAAGUUCAAGCACACAUCAGCAGCUCUGGAAAGGAAGAUAUCGAUGAGACAGAGCAGAGAGGAGCUGAUCAAGCGAGGGGUCUUGAAGGAGAUUUACGAUAAAGAUGGAGAACUCUCAAUAUCGAAUGAAGAUGACUCCCUGGAGAACGGGCAGUCUCUGAGCUCCAGCCAACUCUCUUUGCCUGCUCUGUCGGAAAUGGAGCCUGUCCCAAUGCCCAGGGACCCCUGCUCAUAUGAGGUGCUCCAAGCUUCAGAUAUUAUGGAUGGACCAGUGUCUGAAGAGAGUCCCUCUGCCAGUGAGUCUGGAGUUCUCCUGUCCCAAGAUCCUUCAGCCAAACCAGUUCUGUUCCUGCCCCCCAAAAAAUCUUCUGCUUUCCCUGGAGACCAUGAGGAGACCCCAGUGAAGCAGCUAUCCCUUCACAAGCAACCCCCGGCCCUGCCUCCCAAACCCACUGCCCGGAUUGCCAACCACUUAACAGAUCCUGGCGCCCCUGUGAAAUUGCCUUGUCUGCCAGUGAAACUGUCGCCUCCGCUACCUCCAAAGAAAGUCCUGAUCUGUAUGCCUGUAGGGGGGCCAGAGCUCUCUCUGGCAACCUACGCAGCCCAGAAGAGCAGCCAGCAGGCCGUGGCCCAGCACCACCACACCGUCCUGCCAUCCCAGAUGCAGCACCAGAUGCAGUAUGGCAGCCAUGGCCAGCAUCUCCCGUCUUCCACUGGCACCUUGCCCAUGCACCCCUCGGGCUGCAGGAUGAUCGAUGAGCUGAACAAGACACUUGCUAUGACCAUGCAGAGGCUGGAAAGCUCCGAGCAACGAGUCCCCUGUUCCACUUCUUACCACAGCUCUGGUUUGCACUCAAGUGACGGCGUCACAAAAGCAGGACCCAUGGGCCUUCCGGAAAUAAGACAAGUGCCAACUGUUGUGAUUGAAUGUGACGACAAUAAGGAAAACGUGCCUCAUGAACCCGACUAUGAAGACUCAUCCUGCCUGUAUGCCCGGGAAGAGGAGGAAGAAGAGGAGGAUGAAGAUGAUGACGCCUCCUUGUACACCAGCUCACUGGCCAUGAAGGUAUGCAGGAAGGACUCCUUAGCUAUCAAACUCAGCAACAGGCCCUCUAAGCGAGAGCUAGAAGAAAAGAACAUCCUCCCCAGGCAGACCGAUGAGGAACGGCUGGAACUCAGACAGCAGAUUGGCACCAAGCUCACCAGGCGGCUGAGCCAGAGACCAACUGCAGAGGAACUGGAGCAGAGGAACAUUCUGAAGCCUCGGAAUGAACAAGAAGAACAGGAGGAGAAGCGUGAAAUCAAGAGGAGGCUAACUCGCAAGCUCAGCCAACGACCCACGGUGGAAGAACUCCGGGAGAGGAAGAUCCUUAUCCGCUUCAGUGACUACGUGGAGGUGGCAGAUGCCCAAGACUAUGACCGAAGGGCAGACAAGCCAUGGACCCGCCUCACCGCUGCAGACAAAGCUGCCAUUCGGAAGGAACUCAAUGAGUUUAAAAGUACUGAAAUGGAAGUCCACGAGUUAAGUAGACACUUAACCAGGUUUCAUCGACCUUAACAGUGGGAUUACUCUUGAGUGCUCUGCUGUCUUCAAAACAUAAAUUUCUAAGAACCGUAAGUGCUGGCGUCUGUCCACUUCCCCAUUACCAUGUAAAUCCGAACUGCCUUUUUUAAAAAAAAAAAAAAAGAAAGAAAGAAAAGAAAGAAAGGAAGGAAGAAAAGAAAGAAGAAGAAGAAACAAAAGGAAACACAAUCAGGCUUCUGUGUGCAGGAACACCAUGGUGAGCACUCCCAGAGCUGCUGGCACCAUUUCUGCUACAGAAAGGUGUCCCAGCACCGAUCAGGGACCCUGAGAAUUGUCCAGAAACUGCCUCGUCCCCUCCAUCCAGAUCCAACAAGCACCACAUUGGUUCAGUCUUCGGUGAACCCCUUUCUCACAAGAGACUGUUGCCUGAGUCCAAAGAAGCCAAGGGCUUGGCGUGGGAAUGGCUAGGUGGAAGUCAUAAUCCAGCUGCCCCUUCUAGACUCAGCCAGACACAUGGGCUCCAGAUAGGGCAUCUACUUUGGGGUGCCCUUGAGAGGGGAAUGCUGGGAAGGGGGUGAUGACCUCUCGGUCCUCCCCCACAUACAUACAGACAUGCACAGGCAUAGGCACAUGCACGCACGAACAUGUGCACACACAUACACACAUACUUUCUCUUCAGCUUUGUCCUGGGGGAGCCUGUGCUGGCACUUUGAUCAUAAGCAUGUGUGCCGCGGGAAUAGGAGGCUAAGCCUGGGCAUGUACUUUGACCCCCAUCCCCAACUGAACUGCCUUCCAGAAGACUUUGGUAGGGAUAGUGGCUGUCUUCUCAGUUCACAUUCAUUGACCAGCUUAUGUUUAGAAAGCCCAGGGCCAUGGGUAAUCUAAUGCUUAAAUUUCCUUGCCAAGGUUCCCUGUGAUAUCCAUGAGGAUGAACUGACCAGGGGGCUAGGGUCAUAAACUUCAUGGCCCACAUUUUUCUUUGGCCCUGUAACACACCUGGGACAGUGGUAAUGUGGCUUGGCAGUCAAUAGCUUCUGAGGACCACUACAUGGAGGCCAGUGUGGGGACCACCAUCCCACUGCUAUUCCAGAGCCUUCACUCUUCUGUCUUUGCACUGAAGAGUUUCUGCAGAGAAAUCCACAUCUCAGCAGGACUAGCACUGGGCAAAACCUUGCCAGCCAUGACUGUCUGUGGUGUCCCUUACUGCUCCACUUACCCAGGGAAACCCUGUCCUCUCUCUCUCUCAGAAUAUGCCUCCCGAUGCCCUGUUGACAGGGCCCCCCAAGGGUUGGGUGUGCACCGAGGGACAGGCACCCCAGACCCUAAGGAGGCCUUCUGCAGUACUGUUUUUCUCCCUAACCAAGCUCACAGACCCUUGGGUACAAAGCUUCUGCCUCAAUCCCCCGUGGUGUGUCCAGCUUUCAGAGUCACCACGGUGUCGCUAGGUAAUGCCUUACUCCCUAACAGACCUGGCAUUUAGAAAGAUGCCAGAUGGUCAGCUUGGCCAACCACAAAAGAGUUAUCCCCUUGUCAAAUCAGUUGGGACCAUGCUACUCUUAGGAUAUAGCCUAAGUGAGGCCAUUUGAUUCUCUGGAGCGUUAAUGGCUUCAUGGCCAGUUGCUAACCCAAGAACCAGAGUUAAAGGAGAGCUUAGAUCAGCCCUAAAGGUAGCACCAUGCAGCUGCUGCUCUACUGGCACCGUCUGGAUGGGGCACACCUCUGUCCAGACCAAAGACAACACCAUUACUGGGUCUUUCUAUCAUCAUCAUCAUCAUCAUCAUCAUCAUCAUCUGAAUGUCCAGAGAGAUAUUCAGGGAAAGUGUGGUAGGGAUUUUAGCAUGGAUGGCUGUAAACACAGUCUUCCCAAAAGGCUUAUUGACUUUUGAAUGUGACCAUGGUAGGAGGAGAGAUGUAGAAAUCUUUCCUUGAACUUCCCUAGGGUGAAGGAUAGGCACAUGUUCUGGGUGGAGGUCCCUGCCUGGCCAGGCCUGAGGUCUGUACUUCCUCUAAGCAGCAGCUGUGCUUCAGGCUGCUGUGGUGGCCUGGCCUGACAGGCCUUCCCCAGCCGGGAAGAGUCCUAAAGAACUCUACCCACAAAGGCCCAUGGCUUCCCUGAGGACUUUCAUCCUAGGGCCCUUCUGACCACCUGGGAACAGAAAUCUCAAACUCCCCUACUCUCUGCUGCUAGCCAGCAGCAGCCUUCAUUGCCCCUCACCCCCCGCCCCCCCCCACACACACCCAACAUGCCCUGAGAUGGCUGUUCUCUUUACAUAUGGGAAGAUAUUGGACAGAAUGUCCACUUCCUUCCUUCGGGGCACCCUUUUGCAGAAGUCACUUGCUCAGAGUUUAGGGCUCCUAAAAGGUCACUGCCUUUGGGGAUGGGCUAUUUCAAGGCCACUAUAAGUGGUUCUUACCCAGGCUCAGCAGCCCCUCUCCCCCCACCCCCGCCCCAGCUGUAGGAUGGUACUUCCGUUCUCCUUCUGAAAAUCUGGACUCAGUCUUCAGGGAACUGGAACCACACUUCCCCCACUUUGUUAGGACAACUGGAAUGACUUGAGUUGUUUCCAAAGUUGACAAUUUGACAUUAAUUAGUGGGGAAUAAAAGGCAAGUGAGGUGGUUUAAAUCAUCCCUUUCGGGGGGGAAAAGCUGCAAUUCUCAAGUGAGUUCAUCUUGAGCCUAUACAGUCCCAUCUGAGCACUGUGGAGUUCGGGUUAGCAAGAAAGGAGAAAACGAAAUGUGUCAGACCUUAACGUUUUUCUCUCAAAAAUCAGGCAUUGCUGAACCCCGAUCCCAGGCCACGUCCCUGACAGAAGAGCCUGUCAUUAACAAACUGGCUUUUCCAAAAUCCUGAUCACGUCAUUACCCAGAGGUAACAAGGCCCUGCCAGGUUUUUAGAAUGUGAGCCUUUCUGCUGUAGAGAAACCAAACCACUCAACGGUCAGUGCGAGGAGACACUCCGAGUUUCCUUUUCUCCUGCUUAUGAACGCGUGUUUGUACUUUUGGAAUGAGCAUCAUGGUGUGUCGCUUCGAUGAAUGGGACCCCAGGUUCUCCCUGUGCACAGCCAGUGGGCGGACGUCACCUUUGGUGACUUCUUCCUCCCAUGAGUCUGUUCCUCCCCAAGCAGGUUGCUUUCUCCAGUUGCUUCCUGGUGUCUGUACAUAGUUCGUCUUUGUAUAGGAGUGAUUGUGGUGACCGUCGAUCCCGUGCCCUCCCGGGUUCUAACUUAACAGAUGACGGCUGUAUGAGGAAGAUACUGUACAUAGAAUAUAAAUUAAACUGGAUCUCUGUGGCCUAGGUUUUGUACAUACAGAAACUGCAUGGUAUUUAAAUUAUUGUUUCUCUCUGAUGAUGUAUGCAGUUUCUUUAAAAACAAACCAAAAAAAAAAAAAAGUUUAAAAAAAAA